AAAAUAUCAUAUCAUCCCCAUCAUUCGAUUCUUUCUCAUAAAUCCACAGCAGGCGGCUGAGAGAUCGGAGGAGGAGAGAAUUAUGGCGGAUCUGUUCUUGAAACAAGCAGAGCAAUACUUGGAGGCGCGACCAGGUUAUCCACAAGAGCUGUUCGAUUUCAUCGCCAGCAAGACGCCUAGCCAUGACSUUGUUUGGGACGUCGGCACCGGAAGCGGUCAGGCGGCAGUUUCCCUUGCGAGCAUAUACACGAAGGUAAUUGGCACAGAUACAAGCAACAAACAACUAGAAUUUGCUCCAAAGCUCCCCAACGUUCGUUACCUCUGUACUUCCCCCAAUAUUUCUCCGUCUGAAUUAGAACAGAUCGGUACAGAAUCAAGUGUUGAUUUAGUUACAGUAGCUCAAGCUCUCCACUGGUUUGAUAACGAGACCUUCUAUGAUCACGUCAAGUGGAUACUGAAAAAACCAAACGGUGUUAUUGCAGCAUGGUGCUAUACCAUGCCAGAAUUUGACGAUCAAUUCGAUCCAAUUUUCAAAAAGUUCUACUCAGAAUCAAAACCUUAUUGGGAUCUGUUGCGUGGAUUGGUGGAUGACAAGUAUACGACCAUCAAAUUCCCAUUCAAAGCUGUGGAUGGAUGCAAUCACACAGGUCCAUUUGAGUUCCAAUCCAAGAAGUUGAUGAGUUUAGAUGAGUUCUUUACGUACAUUAGGUCAUGGUCAGCUUACCAAACUGCAAAGGAGAAAGGCGUAGAGCUGUUGAAUGAUGGCGUGAUCGAGGAGUUCACUAGAGCUUGGAAUGGAGAUGAAAAUGGACGUAAGUGUGUUACGUAUCCGGUCUAUCUAAGGAUCGGCAAAGUCUGAGAUUUGGUCUAGAUACCUGAUUUGGCUUAAUCUGGUUUAUCGAACACCACCAUACUACASUAUCUAACCAUUUGGUAAUUUAAUGUACUUUGAAAA